CCGCACUUUUUUUCAAAUUCGCGGGUCCCAGAAACCAUUGCGCGCAUUUGUAACGAAUUUCCGUUCGAGUUUGGAUUUUAGGCGCCAUUUUCGAGUGAAGAGACUCCAGGUGAGGAACUUGAUAACAGAAGUUUAGAAGAGAUUUUGAAUAGUAUUCCUCCACCCCCACCUCCUGCAAUGGCCAGUGAAGCUGGAGCUCCUCGUCUAAUGAUAACUCACAUUGUAAACCAAAACUUCAAGUCCUAUGCUGGAGAGAAAAUUCUGGGACCUUUCCAUAAGCGCUUUUCCUGUAUUAUUGGGCCAAAUGGCAGUGGAAAAUCCAAUGUUAUUGAUUCCAUGCUUUUUGUGUUUGGCUAUCGAGCACAAAAAAUAAGGUCUAAAAAGCUGUCAGUAUUGAUACAUAAUUCUGAUGAACACAAGGAUAUCCAGAGUUGUACUGUAGAAGUUCAUUUUCAAAAGAUAAUUGAUAAGGAAGGGGAUGAUUAUGAAGUUAUUCCUAACAGUAACUUCUAUGUAUCUAGAACAGCCUACAGAGAUAACACUUCUGUCUAUCAUAUAAGUGGGAAGAAGAGGACAUUUAAAGAUGUUGGAAAUCUUCUUAGAAGCCAUGGAAUUGACUUGGACCAUAAUCGAUUUUUAAUAUUGCAGGGUGAAGUCGAACAGAUUGCUAUGAUGAAACCAAAAGGCCAGACUGAACAUGAUGAGGGUAUGCUUGAGUAUUUAGAAGAUAUAAUUGGCUGUGGACGGCUAAAUGAACCUAUUAAAGUCUUAUGUCGGAGAGUUGAACUAUUAAAUGAAAACAGAGGAGAAAAGUUAAACAGAGUUAAAAUGGUGGAAAAGGAAAAGGAUGCCCUAGAAGGAGAGAAAAACAUAGCCAUUGAGUUCCUUACCCUGGAAAAUGAAAUAUUUAAAAAAAAGAAUCAUGUCUGUCAAUAUUACAUUUAUGAUCUACAAAAAAGAAUUGCUGAAAUGAAAACUCAAAAGGAAAAAAUUCAUGAAGAUACUAAAGAAAUCACUGAGAAGAGCAAUAUGCUUUCAAAUGAAAUGAAAGCUAAGAAUUCAGCUGUGAAGGAUAUAGAAAAGAAACUCAAUAAAGUUAUAAAAUUUAUUGAAGAGAAUAAAGAAAAAUUUACAAAGCUAGAUUUAGAAGAUGUUCAACUUAGGGAAAAAUUAAAGCAUGCUACAAGUAAAGCCAAAAAACUGGAGAAACAACUUCAAAAAGAUAAAGAAAAGGUUGAAGAGCUGAAAAGUAUACCUGCCAAGAGUAAGGAUAUCAUAAAUGAGACAACAACUAAAAACAAUUCCCUUGAGAAAGAAAGAGAAAAAGAAGAAAAAAAAUUGAAAGAAGUUAUGGAUAGCCUUAAACAGGAAACACAAGGGCUUCAGAAAGAAAAGGAGAGUUGUGAAAAGGAACUUAUGGGUUUUAACAAAUCAGUAAAUGAAGCACGUUCAAAGAUGGAAGUUGCUCAGUCAGAACUUGAUAUCUAUCUCAGUCGACAUAAUACAGCAGUGUCUCAACUAAAUAAGGCGAAGGAAGCUUUAAUUACAGCGUCUGAAACUCUCAAAGAAAGGAAAGCUGCAAUCGGAGAUAUAAACACAAAGCUCCCUCAGGCUCACCAAGAAUUAAAGGAGAAAGAAAAAGAACUUCAGAAACUAACACAAGAAGAAAUAAACUUGAAAACUUUGGUUCAUGAUCUUUUCCAAAAAGUUGAAGAAGCAAAGAGUUCCUUAGCAAUGAAUCGAAGUAGGGGGAAAGUACUUGAUGCAAUAAUUCAAGAAAAAAAAUCUGGCAGGAUCCCAGGAAUAUAUGGAAGAUUGGGAGACUUGGGAGCUAUUGAUGAAAAAUAUGACAUAGCUAUUUCAUCCUGUUGCCAUGCAUUAGACUACAUUGUGGUUGAUUCUAUUGAUACAGCCCAAGAAUGUGUGAACUUCCUUAAAAGACAUAACAUUGGUGUUGCAACUUUUAUAGGUUUGGAUAAGAUGGCAGUAUGGGCCAAAAAAAUGACCAAAAUACAAACUCCUGAGAAUACUCCUCGAUUAUUUGAUUUAGUUAAAGUAAACAAUGAGGAAAUUCGCCAAGCUUUUUACUUUGCUUUACGAGAUACCUUAGUGGCUGACAAUUUGGAUCAAGCUACAAGAGUAGCAUAUCAAAAAGAUAGACGAUGGAGAGUAGUAACUCUACAGGGUCAAAUCAUAGAGCAGUCAGGUACAAUGACUGGCGGUGGAAGCAAAGUAAUGAAAGGAAGAAUGGGUUCAUCUGUUAUCGUGGAAAUCUCUGAAGAAGAGGUAAAUAAGAUGGAAUCCCAGUUGGAAAGGCAUUCUAAACAAGCAAUGCAAAUCCAAGAGCAGAAAGUACAACAUGAAGAAGCAGUCAUUAAGUUAAGGCAUAGUGAACGAGAAAUGAGAAAUACGCUAGAAAAGUUCACUGCCAGCAUCCAGGGUUUAUCAGAACAAGAAGAGUAUUUGGCUUUACAGAUUAAAGAACUGGAAGCUAAUGUGAUUACUACAGCUCCAGAUAAAAAGAAACAGAAAUUGCUAGAAGAAAAUGUCAGUGCUUUCAAAAAAGAAUAUGAUGCUGUGGCUGAGAAAGCUGGUAAAGUAGAAGCUGAGGUUAAACGGUUACAUGAUACCAUCAUAGAAAUCAACAACCGAAAACUCAAGACCCAACAAAACAAACUGGAUAUGAUAAACAAGCAACUGGAUGAAUGUGCUUCUGCUAUUACUAAAGCCCAAGUAGCAAUCAAGACUGCUGACAGAAAUCUUAAAAAGGCACAAGAUUCUGUAUUACGUACAGAAAAAGAAAUAAAAGACACUGAGAAAGAAACAAAUGACUUAAGAGCAGAACUAAAAAAUGUUGAAGACAAAGCAGAAGAGGUCAUAAAAACUACAAAUACUGCAGAGGAGUCAUUGCCAGAAAUCCAGAAAGAACAUCGUAAUCUACUUCAGGAACUAAAAGUUAUUCAAGAAAAUGAACAUGCUCUUCAGAAAGAUGCACUUAGUAUUAAGUUGAAGCUUGAGCAAAUUGAUGGCCAGAUUGCUGAACAUAAUUCUAAGAUAAAAUACUGGCAAAAGGAGAUUUCAAAAAUAAAAUUGCAUCCUGUAGAAGACAGUCCUGUUGAGACGGUAUCUGUUCUAAGCCCAGAGGAUCUUGAGGCAAUCAAGAAUCCAGAUUCUAUAACAAAUCAAAUUGCACUCCUGGAAGCUCAGUGUCAUGAAAUGAAACCAAAUCUUGGUGCCAUUGCAGAGUAUAAAAAAAAGGAAGAAUUAUAUUUGCAAAGAGUAGCAGAAUUGGACAAAAUUACUUCUGAAAGAGAUAGUUUUAGACAAGCAUAUGAAGAUCUUCGAAAGCAAAGACUGAAUGAAUUUAUGGCAGGUUUUUAUAUAAUAACAAAUAAAUUAAAGGAAAACUACCAGAUGCUUACUUUGGGAGGAGAUGCUGAACUAGAGCUCGUGGAUAGUUUGGAUCCUUUUUCUGAAGGAAUCAUGUUCAGUGUUCGGCCACCUAAGAAAAGUUGGAAGAAGAUUUUUAACCUUUCAGGAGGAGAGAAAACCCUUAGUUCAUUGGCUUUAGUGUUUGCUCUGCACCACUACAAACCCACUCCCCUCUACUUCAUGGAUGAGAUCGAUGCAGCACUGGAUUUUAAAAAUGUGUCCAUUGUUGCAUUUUACAUAUAUGAGCAAACAAAAAAUGCCCAGUUCAUAAUAAUUUCUCUUCGGAAUAAUAUGUUUGAGAUUUCAGAUAGACUUAUUGGAAUUUACAAAACAUACAAUAUUACCAAAAGUGUUGCAGUGAACCCAAAAGAAAUUGCAUCUAAAGGACUUUGUUGAACUUUAAUAUAUGAAGAUUCUUCAAGUUUAAUUUACCUAGAUUUAGUAUUUCUAGGUUUUAUCUGUAAAUGAUUAAGUUGUAUAAAGUAAAUUUUUCUAAGUUGUAUGGCAAAUGGUUUCUGUUUUAUAAUGUCUGAAGCAAUUGUAUCCAUUUCUAUAUUAUAAAAUGAGGAGUCUGGCUGGUUUGGGUUUUUUUUUUAACAUAAUUCCUUACUCAGUUGUAUAAAGUACAUUUUCUAAGUUGUAUGACAUGGUUUCUGUGUUAUUAGUGAUAAUGUCUGAAAUUGUAUCUAUUUCUGUAUUAUAAAAUGAGGUGGUUUGGUUUUUUUUUUUUUUUAA